UUGAGCAGAUUUUGAAACGUCAAGUUCCACAAAAAAUUUCUAGUGAUUAAACUGCUUUUUCAUUACGUCAUUAUCAACUGAUAUUAGAAAAGUACAUAAAUAUUACAGAACUUUUUGAAAAAAAACAUGAAGUGGUUCGAAGGUAGUAUUAACGAGGCUGUGGCAACAUCGAAAUCCAGGAAAGCGAUUUUCGUCGUUUUUGUGGAAGGCAAGGAUGACACAUCUGUGGAAGUUGCUGCAGCAAUCAAUGACACACAGGUUUCUUCCAAAUUGGAACAGGAUGACUUUGUAGCAAUUCGUUUGGAGAGUGGAACUGAAAACUGCAGACAUUUUGCCCAGAUUUAUCAAUUGGUGCCUGUACCAUCUGUAUUCUUUAUUGGUACGAAUGGCUCACCAUUGGAGAUUGUUGCUGGCACAACAACAGCCAAUGACUUACAAACAAAGAUUGAAACAGUCCUAACUAAAGCAGGAAAAAAUAAAACUUCUAAUUUGUCCUCUAGUUUGAUAGAUGCUGAGAAAAAGGCCACUGCUAGCGGCAUUACUAUUAAUACUCCUAGUACAAGUUCUAAACCUGCUACAAAUUUAGAAUGUGAUAGCACAAUAAAUUCCAAUACGGAUGUGUCCUUGAAACAGGAAACGGUAGAAACAAAAGUUGCUGAAGAAACAAAAGCAACAAAAGUAGAAAACGAGAGUAGCAAUGUGGCAACAGAAAAUGCAAAUGUGGAAUCAUCUACUGUUGACAAAUCCAAGAAUGUUCCAUCAGAAACCAGCGAGCCACAGGAAGCAAGCACCAAAACAUUAGCAGCAGAGGAAAAUGUGAAGAAAGCAUCACCGGUGAUAGAUAUACAACCAAGAAAUCUGGUUCAGGACGAAGAGAGGAAGGAAAAGCUGCGAGAAUUAGAGUGCCGCAAGGAUUUCGAAAUGAGACAAGCCCGCGAAGAAAGGUUACGAGAGAAAGCACAAGACGCGGCAGCUCGGGAGAAAGUCCGACAACAAAUCGCUCAGGACAAAUUAGAACGGAAACAGAAAGAACGCGAUAUGCAGCAACAGAUGCAGAAGCAACCGGACCAGGAAGCAUCGAAACCAGUCGCGUCGGUUGCAAGCAAAGCAACCGUGACUAGAAUUCAGUUCAGACUGCCAUCCGGUAAUCCUCAUAUGGGACAAUUCGAAUCGUCGGAUACUUUGCGCGAUUUGCGUAACUAUGUUAUCCAGAACAUUGAUUUGCCUUUCCAUCAGUUCGCGAUGUCGAUCUCGUUCCCCAGAAGAGAAUUAACGGCUGAGGAGAACGAUAAGACCCUUUUGGAACUGGAACUGGUCCCUACAGCCGUUGUUUUAAUCCUACCGUUGAAAAAUUCCGGUGCAACGACGGCCGUAACAUCGACGCAAGACGUUGGUUUCUUUUCACGAAUCAUGUGGACUGUUUUCGCGCCUAUCAUGCACGUUUACAAUUAUCUGAUGGGUUACUUCUCGGGUGGUAAUCAAAGCAGACAGAGACCAGGCAGCCCCGAAAACAACGACACGGCGGAAAGUUCCGACGGUACUUUCAUGCCGAACCUUCAAAAUGUUGCCAACUCGUCCGGUUUGGUCAGAAGAUAUUUGGGUGAUCAAGGGGGGACAACCAUCAAAACGGAGGGGAAUAUACAUAGACUACAUUCAGGUGGGGAUGAUAAUGAUGAGAAUAACACAUGGAACGGUAACUCGACGCAACAAAUGUAGCUUCUUCUAUCAUCGAGCGUUUCAAGUUCCAGUGGGUUCAGUUGGUUCAUUAAUUAGAAUGUCCAACAGGUUUAAUUAAAAAUAUAUUUUGUUAAUCUUUUACACUUUCUCCUCGAUCCCCCCCCAUUCUUUGCACCAUAAAUCUAAUAUUUCCACGGCUACGAUCACGGUAGCACAGAGCAAUGAAACUUGUUCUCGAUUCACGUGAAACAUUCUCUCGAGAAAUAUUUGGUGCUUCACCCAUCGUUAAAGCUCUAUUAAUUUAUUAUUCUAAUCGCAAGUAAUAGGCGGACCAAACACAGUUGUCCGGUUGCGUUGCGACUGGUGCAUCGCUUCACGACAUUUACGCAUACGUAUAUCCCUAUAAUGAUAGUACGAGUGUCAAAGUGUCUCAAAGAUUUUUAAUUUAUCUCUCACGAUUCUCUUUAAACAAAUUAUGUUAUUAAUCUACUCUAACUAACGACGCAACUAUGCGUUCACGGAUGGUAACACGGAUACGCGUUAAGCAUAGUAACUACAUUAUGUUUUAUUGUAUGAUCGAAGGCAAGAUGCACUAAUUAGAGGGCCUUUAUUCUGUUAAUAUAUAAAUAAAGAUAUACAAAUCAA